ACUUAAUCCUCUCAAUCUGGCUUUCUUCUCGAGUCUCUUUGCUCUCUAAUAGCUGUUAUAUGUUCCCCAAUAUCGCUCCCUCCUCUGCUCAAUUGCCUGCUAGUGAUCUCUCGCCCUCCAUUGCUAGUGGUUCUGCUUUCUCCAGCUCCAGCUCAGUCCCCAAUUCUACAGCCCACACAAACACUGUUUCCACCAACAACUGUGCUUCUUCUGCUUCCACUGCUUCCACUGCUUCCACUGCUUCCAACACUAUAUUCAAUUCCAUUUCAUCCCAGUCUCACAUCCGUAACACCAUCCCCAAAUAUAAUGAAGCCCUAGAGAACUCCUCGCCCAGAUCCUCUAUUUCAAAUCAUUCUGCUCCUUUCUCAUCAACUAUAAAUACUCCAAUUCCACCACCCACCUCCAACUCCAACUCCAAUAACAACACUCCCAUCAAUCCAUCCUCAGCCCAACCAAAGUCUCUCAACAACAACUACUCCAAUCUCAACAACUACAUCGACAACAUAAAUUCAAUUUUAAACUACAAAAUCAGCCAAAACUCUCCCACCACCACAAAAAACUACUCUCUAGACAAAAUGAACAACCCAAACCUAUCCUCAAAUCUCUCCAACCUCUCCAACCUCUCCAAUCUAUCCAACCACUCCACCUCAAACACCAUUACCAUCAACAAUCAAUCAAACCACAUCUUCAAGGACAAUGAACGAAACAGCAUAACCUCUCUUUCAUCCUCAUCCAGCGGUUUCAACCUCUCUCCCCCAACUUUGCCUGCUCUACAAAACCUAUCCACCCUCCAACCUCUCCAAUCCUCUCAAAACGAUUCCAACAACUCCACCAACGACAACGACAAAUCAAUCCUAUCCCAAACCUCAAACAAAUCUUCAAUCAUAUCCUCAAAUUUACAAAAUAACUUCUCCAAUAACAACAAUCUCAUUAUCAACAGCAACAACAACAGCAACAACAACAACAACAACAGUAGCAACAACAACAACAACAACAACGACUUGAAUCUAUCCCUUUGCAAAACAAACACAAAUGGCGCUACCAACAUCAAUCUAUCUGAUUCAAUUUGGUCUCCAACCUCUGACAAUUUCCCUUGUUUAAAUUCAAAUUUUAAUAAGAACUUCCUCAACGAUGAUCACAUCAAUAGAAGAUACACUCUAGGUUCCUUUCAACCCCCACAAUACAUCAAUCCAUCUAAAAAUAACCAAAUCAUCCAAAAUAUCCCAACCACUCCAACCAACAAUCCCACAAAUAACAACAUUAACAACAUUAACCAACAGUUUGAUCUAUACCAAAGACUCUCCUAUCCAGAUAUCUUAACCCCAUCAAACAACAACAACAACAAUAACAACAAUAACAACAAUAACGAUUUCUCUAACAUAAUCUCUUCUCCCUUAUCAACUAACGCAAACAUCAUUUCCUCAAGGUUUCAAAACAGAAACUCAAUCAGUGCUGGUAGCGAUAGCAUCUUCACUACUCUUUCAUCUAAUUCUCACCCUUUUAAUUCUUUAAGUUUAUCUAGUUCUCAAGAAUUACAAAAACCAAACAAUUUCAAUUUCAGCAACCAACCUCAAUAUAUCAACAGCAAUAUCCCCAAUAACAACCCCAAUAACAACCCCAAUAACAACCCAAACAAUAACCCAAACAAUAACCCAAACAACAACAUCCCAAUGUCGCCUUCUGUCACUUCCCCUUUCUUUAAAUCAACUCAACCUCAAUCAACCUCCUUUAACCAAAAUUUAAACCAACCCUUCUCCAACUUUAACCAAAAUUUUAAUUCUUUCUCCCAAUUCUCUCAAUUCCCUAAAUUCUCAAACGAAUCUCCUUCUCCUUCUUCUUCCUCUGCCUCUUUUAAUCAACAAAUCAUCAACUACUUUUCUAAAAACCCCCUCUCUCUAAUUCAAAGAUUAACAUACGAAAAUCUACAAAAUCUAAAUUACCAAAAACUUUUCUCAAAAAAUAUCGGUCAAUUACCAAAAUUCCUAUUACCAAUUAAUAACAAUCAAUCUAAAAAUGAUCCUUCCUCAAAUAACAACAUCAACAACAACAACGACAACAAUGAUGAUGACAAUGACAAAAAUAGCAGCAACGCCAGCCCAACUAAUAACUCCCCCAUGAAUAAAUUCUUUGUUUCAAAUCUAAAUUCGAAUAUCAACGACAUCAGCAAAUGCUUAAACAACAUGUCUCUCAAUCCCUCAAAUUGCAAUCACCAACUACUCCUAAUCGCCUUUAAAAAUGGAAGAUUAGAUAUCUUCUAUUUACCCUCAUCUUCUCAAUAUUAUGGCAACAUCAAAGUUGGUGAUCUAGUUCUCGUCGAAGCCGACAGAGGUAAAGAUCUAGGUAAAGUUGCAUCAAUUGAUAUUUCAAUUGAUGAUGCAAGAUUAAUUAAAAUGUUACAAUCUGAAGAACAAAUUGAAGCCUUAAAUAAUGAAUCAAAUAAUAAUAAUAAUAAUAAUAAUAAUAAUAAUAAUAAUAAUAACAAUAACAACAACAAUAAUAGCAAUAAUCAUAACCAUAAUAAUAAUAAUAAUAACAACAACCAUAACCACAAUAAUAACAACCACAACAAUAAUAAAAAUAAUCAUGAACAAAAUGAAAGUCAAAAAAUCCCCUCUGCUCAACAACAAAUCCCAAAACAAGUUUUAAGAGUCGCUCAAUAUAACGAAAUCUCUCAAAUCUUACACAAACAAAACGACGAAAUUAAGGCUCUACAAAUCGUUCAAUCAAAAUUAGCUUCUCAUAAAUUACCAAUGAAAAUCCUUGAUUCAGAAUAUCAAUGGGAUAGAAAAAAAUUAACCUUCUAUUAUAUUGCUAAUAAAAGAAUUGAUUUCAGAGACCUCGUUAAAGAUAUGUUCCGUAUCUAUAAAACAAGAAUCUGGAUGUGUGCAGUCUCUUCAACUGACCCAUCUUUAAAAAAUUCUAUUAAUCAAGACCAAUAUAUGAACUAUAAUACUAUCGGAAUGAAUAUCAAUUCAUCAAUGAGCAUGAACAUGAACAUGAAUAUGAACAUGGGCCAUAAUAUCAAUAACGAUAUGGCUUUAAAUAAUAUGAAUAUUUUAAAUAAUUUUAAUAAUAACAAUAACAACAUUAUUAGUAAUAAUAAUAAUAUGAACAACAUGAACAAUAUGAACAAUAAUAAUGGCUAUGAUCUCGGGUUUAAUGGUAUCAAUAAUAAUAAUAUUAAUAACCUUAUGUAUAAUUUCGAUCAAAACCAAUUAUUAGAUCAAAGAGGGUCAUUUAAUUCAGUUGGUUCAAGUAACAUUAGAUUUAAUAAUAAUGUCUUAUCAUUUGGUAGCUUAGAUAACUCUUCAAUUCCUCGUCCUCCUCAAAGUGCUCCAGAAAUUUAUGGAAAUAAUAGUCAAAACUUAAAUGCUUAUCAAUCUAAUCAAAGCGUCAAUAGUGGAAACGCUACUAUUAUUCCAAAUUUAUGGAACUCUUCUUUUUCUAAAAUUUAAUAAUUUUGGCUAAUAAAAUAAAAUUUAUUAGUUUUUAAAAUAUUCGGUUUUUUAUUUUUUUUGUCACUCAAUUUUUUAUUUUAUUUCCUUCUAACUCAAACUAUUCUUGAUGAAAACAAAAUUUAAAUUAAUUUAAACAUAAAACUAAAUAUGUAUCAUAUACUUUUACCUGCAAAUAUUUUUUUUUAUCACUCAAAGUUUUUUU